AUGAACAAGAUUGUGAUAGUCAAGCUUGGUGGGGCUGCCAUCACCAACAAGAAAGGGAUAUGUGAAUUAGCACCAGAGAAUGAUUUGUCCAUCUUGCUGGAUCAAGUGGCAGCUGCUUAUGAGAUAUUGAAAGGAGCAGGACAUCAACUGAUAUUAGUUCAUGGUGCAGGUAGUUUUGGACAUCCUCAAGCAGUAAAAUACAACUUGAAAUCGGGCUGGUCGUCAUCAUCAUCAACUGGUACUUUGUCAAACAUGCCAAAUGCAAACUAUCUGAAAGGCUAUUCACAUAUUCGCAACUGCCUACAGGCACUGUGUCAAGCCAUCGCUUCUAAGCUAGAAGCACGGCAUGUGCCAACGCUAACUAUGUCGCCUAUCGAUUACAUUGAAACAGUCAACUGUGAAGACACGCCUACUAGCGCAUUUGCGGCAAUGGCAGAUCGAGUCAAAAGGUAUCUCUCUUUGGGAUUUGUGCCUGUGUUGCACGGUGACGCUGUCCUUGAUCAGAUUAGGGGAUGCACUAUUCUGUCUGGUGAUAUCAUUAUGUAUCAACUCACUCGAUUGUUGCCGCAAGUGUGUCGAUGUGUGUUUAUUACAGAUGUGCGUGGUAUCUACAAGCUUGACCCUAAACUGCGCCCUGAACAAGAGAAUGCACUGAUCCAAUACAUCAAAGUCAGUGCCGCUACAGCGGACGAUCACCUAUCAUCAGAUCAAUUGCAACAACAUCAUCAAAAUGAUAAAAUGGCCGUGGCAGAUGUAACAGGCGGCAUGCAAGGAAAGGUGAAAUGGGCCAAGAAAAUAGUCUCUCACAGCCAGCAAGAUCUUGACACUGUCAUUUGUAAAUGGGGCACAGACGAAGCACUGGAUAUGAUGGCACUGAAAGCAAAGCCAACGCCUAAUGCCUUCAUGACUAUGUUCGCAAGAGAUUAG